CUGGAAUUGCGAAAAUACUACUACAGCUUCUUCCGCUUAGAAGUAAGUAGUACAAUAUCAAGAGAAACUCCAAGCGGCCCGGCCGUAUCUUGAAUUUUUGACCCGACGAGAGCUACACGAGAAAAUCUGUACAGUUUCAGCUGCAAAAUGUCCGUUCUUGCUUCGUUUUUAUUCUGUCUAUUGAAACGCACUGACAUGGUUUCGAAAUGUGGUUUGUUGCCGCGCGAUUCCAUGAAUAAGCUUUUUCAGGCUUGCAAAACGUUACCACAAAAUAUCAUCUUGUUUCGGAGCGUAUUUCAAGGAAUUUUCUCUUUUUUGUAUGCAGGAAAACAAGUUUCAACAAAUGCAUCAAGAAAACGAGUCUCACUGCGCAUUCACACAGUUUUGACUUCCUUCUCGGCUUUUCAACUUUUGAAAAAGCUACUUUUUGCUCCUGUGCUAGUCUCCUAUCUUUACUUGUGUCUGUCCUCCUUACCUUUCUUCGAAGAUACAGUGUGCACACGAACUGGCGUAGUUUCAGCGCUCGGCCUUUCGCUGCGGAAGAAAAAAGCUGCUACUACGUACAAGAUCUCGACGAAUAUUAGUCGCCCAGUUUCCGGCGAGGAACGCAAAGCUCGGGGGGACGUGGUGUUGGACAGCGGGGAGCUUACACCGACCGUGACAGAUCCGUACGAAGAAGAAGUUGUGCUGGAAAACCGUUACAACGCGUUGCGUCAGCUGCAGCGCAAUUUGAAAAAGACCACAGGCGAGCAGGGCGACAACAAGUUCCACCAUAGCGACACGUCGUUGACCCUUGCUAGCACCGCGACAGGGGGCAGUGCGACUGAAUUUGAAAGUUCGGAAUUUGGAGAUCCGGACGAGUCGGACGACGAGCAACUACGCAAGGGGCAGUCCGCUGCAUUCCUUGAUAGCAGUUCUUCGUCUGCCGAAGAUCAGGACCACACAAGAACACGCGUUGCGGUUUCUAGUCGAAGCAGACCAGGUGGUGCGCCAGCGCUCUUUUCUUCGACUCCAGCGAGUUCAGUCGAAGGAUUGUUCUCUUCCGACCGCGUAGUUAACGACUGCGCCGACGGAACUUCUCUUCUUUCGGGAGCUCUGGCCUCACACUCCUCGUCCUCGGCGGCACUGAGCUUGUUGUGUAAAAAUAACAGCACCGGGACAUCAUCUGUGUUUACGCCGUCGUCGAGAACAAAAAUCGCACAGCUGCGGCCCACGCAGGAAAUCAUUGACGAGGAGGAACAAGAGGAAGUCGUAUGUAGUGAGGUCACGAACGUUCUAUCCUAGCGGUUUUUUUGCCAGUCAGACAGCAACACGCCCGGCAGUUAUCAAGCGGGCGGAAGUGUUUUCGGACAUAAAAAAUUUUCAAUUAUCCAGCGGGCGGGGCUUUGCCGUCAAACAAGCUCGGUCGAAAGCUAUCGAUUCCCGCUUGAUAAAACGACGCAGGGGAGCCGGCAAAAGGGGCGCCCUUCUGAGGUGCCCACCGCCUUAGUUUCUGCCGGUUUAGGGCGCCCAGAAAGGGGCGCCCGAAAAGCAACAAUCCGAAAAAAACAGCGAAUCCGCACGGUAUGGGCCCCAUUUUGGCGCACAUUCGGGCCCCGCAAAAGACGCCACCAAAAUCCGCCAUUUCAGAGGCGGACUUACGGCCAGAAGAUGCGGCAUUUUAAUAAAAAAAACGAAAAAAACAAAGUCCGCCAAAAGCAAAAAGCCAAUCCGCAUGCUAUGGGCCCGAUUUGGGGUUCCCAAGGGGCCGACCCUGGUGGGGGCCCUGGCGGGGCCAGAGCAGGCGGGGAAGGUUUUUCAUGUGUAAACCAAAUGGAGGCCACCUCUGGACCGAGAUUUUUAGCGACCGCCGUGCCGUCGUGCAUAACAUUACCCACGGCGGCAUGGUGCUGGGAAGGGAAGCCGCGUCGUUUUUUGGAGUGAAGACAAAAAAACCGCCAUGACCUCACUACCCCCGCUGAGGCGGCUAUUAUUGGCACUACACCAACCCGCGCAGGAAAUCACUGACGAGGAAGAACAAGAGGAAACCGUACUACGCCAACCCGAGGAGGAAGAAGAAGUAGCCGGGGCAGCUGAUCACGCGGAGGAACUGCGUGAGCCGGAAACAGAGUCUCUGGAUUCGUCGAAGAGGAGUCUCCUCACUGCAAGCGUUCAGGACCUGGGAGCGAUCGCGACAGGAGAAGACGAGAUGGGGGCCACGCCAGCCGAGCUGCCACUCUCCUUCUCCGUGGACGUGGAGCAGGAGCGGGAGGAGUACAUCUUGCGGAAACUGCAACCAGACGACUUUGCGAAAGGCUUCAAGGAGCUGCUCGCACAGCUUUCGGACCCUGGUGACCUGGACGACGAAAAGUGCGCACUCGCUUAUGUCUUUGAUAAACUUAAUAUGAAAAGUGAUUUAUUCUUUCUAGGCGGCGCCUUUUCAAUUUCAUCACGGUAGAAGGAAGAAAAUGAAUCUUCAUGAGUUUCACUCAGCAACAUCAAAAAUUAUACCAAACAGGUUUCGCGCCUUGCUUGCGGUGACAAACACGCAUGUGCUCGUUGUGGAGCAUCCGAAGUCGGGGCGCGUGGUUUGUUCCGCUGGGCUGCUCGUGGAGCAGAAGUUUUUGCGUGGUGGCCGGAAAGUCGGGCACGUGGAGGACGUCGUUACCUCGGAGAAGUUUCGCCGUCGCGGCCUCGCGAAAAAGGUGAUCCUAUCCUUGCUGGAGAUCGCAAAGGAGGAAAAUUGCUACAAGGUGAUUCUGGACUGCACCGAAUCCAACAGCGAAGUCUACAAGAAAAUGGGUUUCUUUUCCACCGGCGAAAUUCAGAUGAGAUACAAUCUGUAAAUAAGAUGGAGGAGGCAUUAUAGGAGCAAUUAGAAUUUUUCCGACCUGCGAUGGAGAUGUACUGACAUUAUGCUUUUCGUUGAAGUUUUGACUGGCUGGGUGUGAAGAAAGACCUUGCGUCGAACCACGAGCCAUGUACUAAUUCAUGAUUCAACAUUUGCGAAACAGCACCAGCGACAAAAAACAAAAAAUGAACUUUUCGAAGAAGAACAUCGCCGGAAGCACGAAACUUUGCUUGGAGAAGCAAGUAACUU